CCUCCUCCAGGUAGCUCACCUGGUUGGGGUGUGUGUGUGUGUGUGUGUGUGUGUGGCAGUUUGCUAACAAUGCUGACCCCGCACUUGGUUAAUACUUCCUGAGCUUGACACCCAUGUCCCCUGACCUCCAUUCUGUCAGUCAAGGCUACUGUGGGCAUCACACUGGUCAGCUGUCACAUUGCUAGGAUCCUAGUUGGGGGAAGGAAGGACAAGGCCCAGGUCCCGUGGGAUUGUCUCUGGGCUCCCCAACCACCAGGGGGAGCCCUGGCUCUGUAUUCCAGGGGUCCCUCCUGUGGGGCGAGGUCUUUGCAGGUUGGACCUUGUGGGGGACAAACCUGAGUGUCCCAGCACACCAGCCUGCUAGACCGAGGGAGGAGGGGUAGCAUGAGCAGCCAGUCAGGGAUCGGGCACCACAAAGAAGCCCACUGUGGCCCCGUCUGCGUUUAGGGGCUGGGGACAGGGUGAUGUGGGAGGGCCCAGGCUGGCAGAGCUGCUCCAGGCCUUAGGUGCUUCUGGCCCCGACAGGUCUCUUUGUGAGGAGGGGGCUUCCCAGCGUAAAAUGUCUAACUCGAAUGGUGCUGGGUUAUGUGUCUUUCAGCUGACGACAGCAGUGACCAGUGCCUUUUUACUUGCAAAAGUGAUCCUCUCAAAGCUUUUCUCUCAAGGGGCUUUCGGCUAUGUGCUACCCAUCAUUUCGUUCCUCCUUGCCUGGAUUGAGACGUGGUUCCUGGAUUUCAAAGUGUUACCUCAAGAGGUGGAAGAGGAAAACAGACUCCUGAUAGUUCAGGAUGCUUCAGAGAGGGCGGCACUCAUAUCUGGAGGUCUUUCUGAUGGUCAGUUUUAUUCUCCUCCUGAAUCUGAAGCAGGUAACAAAAAUGUGAUUAUCGUCUGUGUUUUCAUCCAUCAUUCAAAAGCUCAGCCCUCCCUCCCUCUCCUGUCAGAACACUGCUGAGCAGACAUCUCACAGCGCAGGCACGUAGGAGAUGGAAAUAACCGAGACGUGGUCUUGAUGUGGGAGCAGUGGGGAGACACAGAGUGUAAAAUACGUGUAACCCAGGGACACAGGCCCCGUGUGACCGGCCAUGUGCAUCUCAGAAGACAGGCAGACGAGGGGAAGGGUCCGCUCCUCUUCUUACCCGUCAUCCCCUAGCCCGACCUUCCUCCGGGUCCCCGUGUCUGAGGGUGCAGCUCUCUCUGAGCUGUUGCCCGUGAAGAAAGCAGAGCCUCCCUGGGGACUCGGCCCUUUCUUAGGCCUCACAUCCCUGCCUUCUCCAGGCCAUUUCCACCCUCUGUAUUUCUGCCUCCUUUACCUCAUUCAUUGCACCGCUUCCUGUCUUCUCCACCUUUCCUUCAGCAUUUCCUGCUUUGGUUUCUGCAGCCAUUUGCUGCCUCGGUCACCCUCUCCCUGCCCUGCCGGAGCACCAGGUCAAAUAUAACAAUUGCAUUGUCCUAUGGCUUCCUCAAACCACUCGAUGAGGUAGGAGUCUCAUUAUCCCUAUUUCAGAGACCAUCAGAUUGAGGCACAGAAAGGGGAAUCAUUUGUGCAAGGUCUCUGGAGGAGUGGGAGGUGGUGGGAUCUGAACCCCAGCUCAGUGCUGGAAUCUGUGCUCACAGCUGAUCCAUGUGGGGCCUCUCAGUAUUAAUGGAAACGCAGCAUUGACCACCUCUUCCCCUGCCCAGAAGCCUUCAGUGGCAGAAAGAAUUAAGGAAGUCCUGGGUCCUGAGCCUGGCAGAAAGCACCAUUUUGACCUCAUUACCCAGUUGUCCGACCUCCUGGUACCAUCUCCGUGUGUUCUCUUCUUAGCUUUGCUGAAAACGUUGUGAGCCCAAGCCAUCAAGCCAUUGGGCAGCUUGCUUUUUCUGUUUGUCACACUGCCCCUCUGCAGGCCUGCUCUCCACGCACGGGAGAGAAGGCUGUCCCACCGCACCCCCACCCUCUGGCUCCUGGGAGAACAUUCUCUGCAUUUCCUAGGACAUUUCUCCCACCUGUGCGGGCUGCACUGCCUUCAGCCUUGACUUGGCCUCGUUGUAUCACUGGGGUGGAAACUUGAGUUAGAGAGACUGCGUUAUUUCAUUCCCCGCAUUGAGCUUAGUAACUAUUUGAAACACACACACACACAGGAUAGUAAAGCAGAUUCCAGGCAGAAAGAGGCAUGUGAAAGAUCAAAGGCCCAGCAAUGUGACAUAGUGAAUCAUUGGAACUCGAAGUACCUUGAUAUCCUGGGCUAUUCGUAUUUGAUAUUAAAGCAGGUUAAAUCAGGAAGCAUAGGGUCAGAUGAACUACAGAUGUGAAUUGGCAGAAUUUCUCUUCUCAGUCAGCAGAAGGUC